CGGAAGGAACGCAACAACAAAACCCAACAAUUUAGUUUACGUUUAUUCAAUUACUAACUCGUGUUAAAGAAGAUAUUUGUGUGGAAAUUAAAAUGGACUGAAGAAUCCUCACUGUGCAAUGUCUGCAGCAAGUCAAUAGUGCCUUCAUAAUUUUAUAAAUGUGAACUUGCAGUGUUUUAAUAUAUUUAGUGCAACAUGCAAGUCUAAAAAUAAUUAUUACAACAUAAAUAAAAAAAACACUCACGAUGGAUAAAAUACGGAAAAUGGCCAAAAAAGUUUAAGUCAGACGGACGAACCGCUUGUGUUAAUUUAAUACGGCCUCAAGUUGAGCUUAUUUGUAACCAAAAGUGCUUGGUAGAAUUUCAAAAUAAUUUGCCUCCAAUUAGGCUUCAGAUUUUUAUUUCAAGAUUUUUCAAUAUACUUGAUAAAACGUGUAAAGUUUUCUGUUGUAUUACAGAAAUUUGCGCGAAACUAUGACAUUUCAAAUAAGGUUAAGUGCGAUAAAGUUAGUUUUCUUUAGCAGCAUUUCAUUCGUGUAUUCAGACCUUGGACCAUACAUUAUUAAUCCUACGCCUUAUCAUCCACUUAUCCUUAAAUCUCAAAAGGAAAUGAACGAGUCACUGACUUACUGGGAGUUUUUCCCAGAUAUUCUUGAUGAAGUUCCACCUCAUGUUUUUCAGGCCUGGUUUAGAGGGGACCGACGAGUUAAUUUUGGAAACAAAUUCACCAUUCUUCACACGGACACGCCACCAUAUAAUUUGUCUUGGCCAGUAGAAGAAGGCGAAUAUUAUCUUUUCCAUCUGUUCGAUCCUGACGUUCCGAGUAAGCGAGAUCCCAAGCUACGUGAAUAUAGGCAUUGGACAGUCGCAAAUAUUCCAGGGACAAAUGUGGAAAAGGGAUACGUACUAGCAGAAUAUAUUGGACUUAUACGAAAUCACACAAAAGACAUGCUUCAUCGGAACGUUUUUGUUCUAUACAAGCAACCAGAAAAAUUGGAAUUUGACGAUGUCGUAAUCAAGCGCGAUGCACCGUACUUGGAUCGGGCUUGUUUCUCACACAAAGGUUUUGCACGUGAACAUCGACUGGGGAAACCAAUCGCUGUCAACUUUUUCCAUUAGUUCCUCUCAUCGCUUCGUCAACGGUCACCUUGUUUGAUAGUUUCUAUUUUCAUUUCCCCCUUCUGAUUUCGCAGAAAAUGCCUGGGAUUUCUAAUACUAUUUGAUUAUAUUCAACAUGCAGUACAACAACACACGUUUGAUCACACAACAAUGAUUACAACUAUGAAAACCCGUAUUUCGAUAGUAGAUCUAUUCCGACAUUUUUUUAUGAGAGAAACAUCUUACACUUUCACACGAGAUUCUGAGGAAAUAUCUAUAUAAAGAGGCAAGAAAAAAUUACAAACAAUGAAGUUUUGAGUAAAUUCACAUAAAUAUUCAUGUCUGGAAAAAAUAAAACGUACCAAAAAAUUUGAAAUAUUGCAAUCAGGAAUUGUAAAGUGUUGCAGUUCCAAAAUCGAUAUUGCCUUCAAAAUCAACAAUGCUUGCCUUGAAAAGAGUUUUUAAAUAUCUUGUCUGAUCUCGUGUGUUGGCAUUAAAUUAUGCUGAAUAUGAGGAAUUUUCCCCAUAUGUAAUGUGAAUAAUGCAAAUUUGACCAUCAACCUAGCUAUACUGAAGCAUGGAUUUUCUUGGCUCUCUUAAUUUAAAGCAAAAACUAAAUCUCAAACCUCUGUGCGAAGCCAGAUUUAUAUAUAUUUUCAUUUUGGUUUAAUUAAU